GCAACAAUCAGCAACAUCAGCGCCCUGUGUGCACCGACAAUAAUAUGAGGAGUGGCAGUUCGGAAUUACUACUCGAGCAGCAACAACAAGAGCUACGGUUACGUAAAAUCCGAGAACUGGCUCCGAAAAAGAAAAAUGGCAAUCGGCGCUUUCGUUCGUGGCGGGAACGUGCGCGUUUCUAUGGCACCUCGACACUGGCCUUCUUCUCGGUGACCGCCGGCGCCUCGCUGCUCUUCCUCGUACCGCUCUACGUUGAUCCGGCCAUAUCGACGCUGAGCCACGACUUUAUCGAGAACCCAACGCUGUGCACAACGACGCGUCGCGAGGAUCUCGUUGGCAUCUUCAACUGCUCGUGGAGCUCCUGUCGCGAGGGCUGCACCUCGGACCUCUAUCGCUGCGUUCACAUCUACGUGACGUUCAUUGAGCAGAAUAUCACGAUACCGGCCAAUAUGACCGAUUAUAGCAACUAUACAGCGGACUGGGAGCAGUCCGGGGAGGCCACGCUUCUGGUGAACAUCAAGGGAUGUGGCUAUCCGCCCACGGUCACGUGCAAGGACUUCAAUGGCUAUUAUGGCAUCGAGGGCGCCAUCUUUCCGUGCUUCUAUUCGCGCAAAAAUAAGACGGUGGUCCUUACGUCCUACAACCACGACAACCAGGUGGCCAUGAUCAUCCACUUCUUCGCGGUGCCCUUUGUGAUAACGGUCAUCUCGUCCAUUGCCCUCUGCAUUAUGCACUGCGACUGCCGCUGCAAGAAGGAUCGCAGCCACCGACGGAAUCGGCCGCAAUGCCGAAGGCCGCGCAUCGAGAAUCUCAGCGAUACUUCGAUAUCAACGCGAGUGGAUAUGCUCACGCCUGCUAUUGAAGUCUACAAGCCACCCCUCUGACACAAGGACGACACUGUGGAGAGCAAUUUAGGGAAUCCCUCGACGAGUAGCGACUUCUAGCAGAACCUGAUACCCAGUCCUGCAGAACUAGCUAAGGAUA